GCUUUUCACUUCUAACAUUGCCUGAAUCGGAAGUUAGGGAGCUCUGAGAACAGAAAGCUUAACAAUGGCGACACGGGGUGAAAGCAAAACUCUCCGAGUUUUCUGUAUCGCUACGGCUGAUACAAAGCUGGAGGAGCUCCGAUUCGUUUCCGAUGCAGUUCGAUCCAACCUCAAUUUCUUCGCUAGAGGUUCUCCUCAUAAGGUUGAAGUGACGGUUGUUGAUGUUUCUACCAGCCAGCAGAAUGUGAUCGAGAGUUUGGAUGAUUUCGUCUUCGUGUCGAGGGAUUUUGUUCUCUCUUGCUACGAUCACACUAGAAAUCAUCUUCCCGAUGACCGAGGAAAAGCAAUCUCUAUAAUGAGUAAAGCACUCGACUGUUUCCUUAGUAAAGUCCAGGAGGAUGGAGUUAUUGCUGGAGUUAUAGGACUUGGAGGCAGUGGAGGAACAUCUCUCAUAUCCUCUGCGUUAAAAUCUCUUCAAAUUGGAAUACCUAAGCUUAUCGUCUCGACUAUUGCUAGUGGUCAAACAGAAUCUUAUAUCGGGACAUCCGAUCUGAUACUUUUCCCCUCUAUAGUGGAUGUGUGCGGGAUCAAUAGUGUCAGUAGGGUCGUUUUCUCGAAUGCAAGUGCUGCAUUUGCUGGAAUGGUGAUCGGAAGACUUGAGAAGUCUAAUGAUUCGCCUGAGUUCAAUGAAAAACCAACAGUGGGUUUAACAAUGUUUGGGGUUACAACUCCUUGUGUUAAUGCUGUCAAAGAAAGAUUGCUUAAAGAAGGCUACGAGAGCCUUGUUUUUCAUGCUACUGGGAUAGGGGGCAAGGCAAUGGAAUCUCUGGUCAGAGAGGGAUUUAUCCAGGGAGUCUUGGACAUCACAACAACAGAGGUCGCAGACUAUUUAAUGGGAGGUGUUAUGGCUUGUGACAGCUCCCGCUUUGAUGCCAUCAUAGAAAAGAAAAUCCCAUUAGUUCUAAGUGUAGGAGCACUCGAUAUGGUGAACUUUGGAUCCAUAGAUACAAUACCUUCUAAUUUUCAUGGAAGGAAUAUAUAUGAACAUAAUAAACAGGUUACUCUGAUGCGAACUACAGUGGAUGAGAACAAAAAAAUUGCGAAGUUUAUAGCUGAUAAGAUGAACAAUUCAUCAGGAAAGGUUCGUGUAUGCCUGCCACAGAAGGGCAUAUCUGCUCUGGAUGCACCAGGGAAGCCAUUUUAUGAUCCUAAGGCUACUGCUACUCUUAUUAAUGAAUUACAGAAGCUUAUUCAAUCAAAUAAUGAUAGGAAGGUGAAUGUGUAUCCUUAUCAUAUUAAUGAUCCUGAAUUUGCUGAGGUAUUGGUUAACUCAUUCUUGGAAAUUACCUCAAAAAAUACGGACUCAUGUGGCCCAAAAAUGGUUUUGGCCGAAACUAGUCAAGACCUUAAAAAAACCUCCUUUUCUGAGUCCAAUUUAUCUGCUGGUCGAAACAUUGGCUACAGUCCUAGUGACUUCCCAGAGAAAAGACCAGAAACUUCGCGAAGAACACGUAAUAUAUUGGAGAACCUGAAAGCUCAAAUUGUUAAAGGAGUGCCCAUAAUAGGGGCCGGUGCUGGGACAGGCAUAUCUGCCAAGUUUGAAGAAGCUGGUGGUGUUGAUCUGAUAGUAGUGUACAACUCAGGGCGCUUUCGCAUGGCUGGGAGGGGUUCUUUAGCAGGUUUGCUGCCUUUUGCCGAUGCUAAUGCCAUAGUGCUUGAAAUGGCCAAUGAAGUAUUGCCUGUGGUGAAGACAGUUCCCGUGCUUGCUGGAGUAUGUGCUUCUGAUCCAUUUCGUCGAAUGGAUUACUUUCUAAAGCAGGUGGAGUCAAUUGGAUUCUCUGGAGUGCAGAACUUUCCUACUGUUGGAUUGUUUGAUGGUAACUUCAGACAAAACCUAGAAGAAACAGGCAUGGGAUAUGGAUUGGAGGUCAAGAUGAUUGAGAUGGCACAUAAAAUGGGUCUCUUGACAACCCCAUACGCUUUUAACCAAGAUGAAGCCACGGAAAUGGCAAAAGCCGGCGCAGACAUCAUAGUUGCCCACAUGGGGCUCACUACCUCUGGAUCUAUUGGAGCCAAAACUGCUCUAUCACUGGAGGAAAGUGUACUCCGUGUACAGGCUAUAGCAGAUGCUGCUCACAGGAUCAAUCCUAAUGUCUUAGUUCUCUGUCAUGGAGGUCCUAUAUCGGGCCCUACUGAAGCAGCUUUCAUUCUGAAGAGAACCAAUGGAGUUCAUGGAUUUUAUGGUGCAUCGAGCAUGGAGAGGCUACCAGUCGAACAAGCAAUAACUAGCACUAUCCAAGAGUACAAAUCGAUUUCAAUGAGAUGAGAUUCGAAGCGCAGUCCUUGACGAGCUCGAUAUUCGACAUGUAUAAUAUAUCUAGCACUAAUCUAGAUAUCGCAGAUUCAAACUUGGCCUGCUGGAAAACCCGCUCUGUUCAAUUGCACAUUAUUUCUGUCUUUCAGGAUAUAAAAGAUAUUGUUUCUUUGAGGUGCUAACCGUCCCUUGCCGUUGCACAUCUUCAUCUGUGAUGUCCCACAUUGGUUGGGGAGGAGAACGAACCACCAUUUAUAAGGGUGUGGAAACCUUCCCCCAGACGCAUUUUAAAGCUUUGAGGAGAAGCUCGAAAGAGAAGGCCCAAAGAGGGUGGAUCUGGGCCGUUACAUAAUCUGACUCUAACUCAAGACGGAGAAAGAUGUAGACCCAUGUCGUUGCACAUCUUGUACCCUCAGUCAUUCUGUGCAAGAAGACCAACAUUGUUAUUUUGGCAACGUUCCUUCCUAGGCAGGUCCUGGGUCUACACCAAAAGGUAUGAAAUUGUAUGACUUGAAUUUCCUGGGUCCAGACCCAAUAUAUGCUUAGUAUCCGAAGAAUUAUUUUA